CUAGAUUCCUUUCACGCAUGAUCAGUUUUAUCCCUGUUCUUUGUGAAACUGUGUAAUAUUUCUAGGGAAUAUCGAUUAUAAAUAAUAGAGAGGGAUUCUCUUAAAUUAUGUUGCCCUUUAAACUUUGACGAGCCCGCUAAAGAGAUGUUGGGGAAGAUAGUGUUUCUGUUUUCGACCUCCUUUAUUUGUAGAGUAGUAGGUCAGGGUGAGUGCACGGACGUCCGCGGCCGGCUGAUCUCCCACGGCCACCACUACGUGCCGGGGCCUGACACCUGCACCCUCUGCAUCUGUGACAAUGGACAGGCAAAAGUGUGUAAAGCAGUCCUGUGCUCACCACCACAGGAUUGCCGCUCAUUUCGAGUGGGAAACACCUGCUGUGAGUUCAUCUGUCUGGAUGAUGUGGUGAAGCCGGCUGAUGGAGCUGAAGCCAACAUGCGACUGGCUGCGGGGGGAGCAGCAGCCGUGGUCCUCGCCACCGUCGCCCUGGUGGUCUACCGAGUGCGGAGACAGAAGAGGAGGAGACCCAACCACUCCGAUGAACGCAGUUUGACCAGUAUUGGCUACAUAAGCGGCAGUAUGGCGUACGUGGGCGGCUCGUGCGAGACAGGGAUGGCGGGAUGGAAGCCCUCCAACUACAUGCCGCGCGGCGAGGCCCCGCCCCCCUACGACGAGGCUGUCGCACAGUCGCGCGCAGAAACCAUGAGGUACCAUCUUAUGAUGGGCGAGGCGCAGUUCCACCGCUCGUACCCCGCCACGGUGGACACGAUGGUGCGCGCCGACGACUCCCUGCAGUGCCCCGGACACGGGUACGCGAACAUCGCACGCCCUCCCACUCAGAUGGCGAACCCCCAGAACUGCUACAACGCGCCGCUACUGCAGACCGUUCACCAGCCCGAGUCCCGCGAGCCCAUGGUCUACCACCACAUCCCGCCGCCCAACGACGCGAGCUACGGCGGGCUCCGGCUGGCGGGGUCGCUGGGCGCCAUCAGCGGCCGCGGGCUGAGCCUGCUGCCGCGCGCCGGGCCCGAGCGCCGCGCGCCGCCCGCCUACACGCACCACCACGACAUGCACCGCACGAUCCCGCGCAUCGCCACCGACUCUACUCUCGACGCGGGUCCGUUCCACCGCGCCGAGCGCUCGCUGCACAACGAGGUGCGCCGCUCCUUCCACAAGCCCAGCGACACCAGGACGGGUCUGGCGGGCGCGGGGCGCAGCGUGCCGCGCGGGCUCAACCUCACCGAGGUCGUCAGGGUCGAGCCCAGCACUUCGGAGCUGCAUAAUUCUAAUGCGCGUUUGCAGAACAUAAGCCGGUCGCGCAUCCACAGCGAAGAGCACACGGUCAGCACGGAAGCGCGCCCGCUGGCCCGGUCCGGGAACAUUUCCGGGAACGCCCUCGGGAACGCUCUAGGGAACGCUCCCGGGAACGUUCCCAAGAUGAACACGCCGCUCAUGGAGCGCUGCAAGAGCGACAAGCGGCUGAGCGUCGCGCCCGAGCCGCCGCAGAAUACGCUGCCGCUCACUGUUGAUAAGCCGUCGUGCGAGUGCAGCUACUCGGAGGCGGCGGGCGGCGCGGGGGAGGCGGAGGGGGAAGGGGAGGGGGAGGACGACUACCGCGCCGAGUGCCAGAACUGCAAGUCCGCCAGCAGCUCCAGAUGGGUCCUAGAAGAAGGUUGGACGGAGGAGGCGGAAGAGGAAGGCACUCAGACGCUGCAGCGCCGCGCGCCGCCGCCCGCGCCGCCGCCCGUCGCCGCCGCCACGCUGCCGCAGCCCGCUACACGACCCAGUCGUAACGCCAUGGGCCCACCAUCCAACUGGGAGAACUGGUUCAACACUAUCCCCGACUCCGACUCCGAAUCAGAAGAAGAAUAGACAAAUGCAACACACAACCCACCGUGUGCAAGCCAAGUGAUAUCUUUCUCUAUUAUCAUUCCUAAUUUAUUGUUUUUGAUUAAUUUUAUUCAAGUUUAAGUGCACAAAGUAAUGUUACAAAAAAUGCAUUGAUAUAAAAGUUGUAAGCCUCUUGUAGAUAUUGUAAUAAUAAAUAGGAAUUUUGGUCAGAGAUUUUAGAUGACCAUACUGCCGAAUAAGGAGACUUCUAAAUACCCCUAUACUCGACUAAUCAGAGUAGUUUCAU